GACAAAUUUAAAAAAUUAAUUAGCUUGAACUUUCUUCAUUUCUGUAAAUAUUGAAAUGAAUACAGUCGCUUUACAUAUAAGUGAUAGUGAUGGUUAAGGAGAAAAGUGUACAAAAUUUCAUAUAGAGAUACCAUUGUCUGGUUAGCAGGUCAUAUGAUGAAGAUUCAAUUUCAAUUUGGGAGUGAGAAUAAAUUGCCUCAAGUGCAAUCACCAACGGAUAGAUUUCGUCAAAAUGAUCGAUUUUAUGAAUUCAAUUAUUUCCAAAUUAGCGUCAUAUAUGAGCCACGGAAAAUAUUUUUCAAAUUGCAAACUCUGGAACCGCUCUUCAGCGAUAGAUGAACUUGCAGGGUAUUGAUUCAAGCAAUAUUGUCACUGAUAAGAUUAUCGAGAUAACAACUAUGGUCUGUCGGAGCAGCAAGUUGCUGUAAAUGUAAAUAGAAAUGUCAGAGGGAAAGAAAUGUAUUCCGAUGUGAUGUUAAGAAAAGUUUGUUUUUUUAUAUUUGUUUUGAGUACGCUCCAUUAAUUUCUUCAAAAUGGCCACGGACUGGGAGUGUAUUCCACACUUUUAUGAAGGGUCGAAGAACCAUUUAAAAAGUUACACAACUUAUGAGCAUCCAUUAAAGAUACACGGCGUGACUGUAAUCGAAAGUAAAUGUACAAAAUAUGGCUGCAAAGAUAAACGAAGUAACUUCAAUAGCGAUAAUAGUUCUCGAGCUUCAUCAAGUAUUUCCUUAUCUGUUGAACCGCUCACUUUAUCCUUCGACGGAACGGAUCCACUGUCACUAUUUGCACGACAAGAUCAAGAAAUUAUGGAUCCCUUAACACAGAUAGCUGCAGAAAAUGAGGGAAAAAGGAAUGAUAGGAAAUGUAUAGAUGAAGAUAAUUUAAAUUGGGGCGCAAAACGGUUGGGUAUAUUGAAUCGUUAUACAACAUCUGAAAAGCUGUCUAUUUCGACAAGUUUCCUUUCGACAGUAAACUCUUGUGGUGAAGGAAUCAAAUCUCAGACCGUAGUGUCAGACAAAGUUAAAUUUCGCUUGGAACAACUGGAUGAAUUUGAUGAUUCCUCCAUGAGUCACAUGGUUGAUUUAACACAACAAGAAUAUAUUCAACGUAUAGAACAAUUAAAUCAAGAAUUAUUAAUCUCGUGGACAGAUGAUCAACGCGUAAGAUCUUUAAAAAUUGUUAUUCAGUGUUCAAAAAUGCUUGCCGACACUUCAGUACUCAGCUUUUACCCAAGCCAAUUUGUUCUUAUAACUGAUAUUCUUGAUAUGUUUGGGAAAUUGGUACACGAUCGACUAAAUAUAAAAGCAAAUAAUAUUACGGGGAAGGGAGAGAAGUCGACUGGAACUGAUGCAUUGUAUGAAAACGCCAAAGAAACUUGCCAAAAUUGGUUUUUUAAAAUUGCUUCUAUUCGAGAAUUAUUACCACGUUUGUAUUUGGAAAUGGCCAUACUCAAAUGUUAUGAAUUUAUAUCACCUAACGAUUUCGAUAAAAAUGUACUUCGCAUUGGUAAAAUGAUCCGUGGCAUUGGUGACCCUUUAGUGCAGGCGUAUGCACGGUGCUACUUGGUUCGCAUUAGUCUAUCUGUAACAGCAGAUAAAGAAUCUAUAAAAGAAAAUUUUAAGGAUUUCUUGAAAAUUUAUCCAACGAUUUUUAGUGGAACUGUUCGUUCUGAACUGAAUCGCCAGCGUCUCAGCAUUGAAACAUAUUUAUCAUUGUACAGUCCCGCUUUGGAUUUUAUAUUAUUAGCCCUUGUUCACAAAUGCAAUAUUUACACGGAAGAAAUAAUGAAUGAAUGCAAGGAAAUCAAAAAUAACGGACUGCUUUUUAUUUCCAUGCUGAAUGCAUUCCAAUCAGAGUUCAUUGCUGCACAUGCUUUAGAAUUCGUUAAGUUACUUGCAAGUUGUAACACAGAAGGCAUUUCGAAAGGAUUCUUAUUCAGAGCCCUUGGCAUCAGUGUUAGCGGCUGCCCACCACUUCCGGAACAAAGCCUUCAAUUUUUAAAUGCUUCUUUUAAUACCAUAGACACUUUCGUCGACCCAACUGAAUACAUAAAUUGUAUAGAAACAUGGACACAAUUUAUUGCUGAAAAUUUCUCUGUAACUGUCAUCGACGAUCUGUUAGGAACAAUCACAUUACGAAUGAACGCAAGCCGAGCAUAUGAGAGACAUUAUACCCAGUUGCAAAAUAUUUUAGACAAAAUUUUGCAAUAUUUUAAAAAUACCGAGUUGUUGCUCAUUCAAGAAAAUUUUUUACCCUAUUUAGAUCUUUUCCAGAAAGAUUCAAAUAGGAUAGCCGUAUGCAAAAACAUACUGAUAAGGUUCCACCAUAAAUCAGAAGAUAUUAUAACGGAUGAAAUUGUGAUCAAUGCCCUAAUGUUUAUUGGAAAAAUUCUUAGUGACUCAGUGACUGCUCAAACCGUAGAAGAUGAACGCCGACAAAUUUCGAAGUUAAUAAGCAGUUUUAUACGUAAAGUUAGCUAUCGAAAUGAUUUUGAACGACAGCUUAGUUUCUAUGUGGAAGCACGUGGAGUUUUCACAGAUUUGGAUGCAGUCUAUAUAACGUUGGUAAAUGCGGUAAAUAAAUUAGCCGUUGAGAUACGACAUGGAAUUAAAGGACAUUGUACUCACAAAACUGGGGCGUUUGUUAAAGCAUGCAUAGCAUUCUGUUUUAUUUCAAUUCCUAGUAUUACAGCAGUUCAAAAUCAAAUGGACCUAUACUUACUGACUGGUCAGGUGGCACUCUUGAAUCAAUGUUUGGGGCAGGCGGACGCGUGUUUCGAGGCCGCCCUUCAAUUAGUGAGUAAUUUGCCACGAUCCGUGGAAAUCGAGGGGAAACCACGCUCUUUGGAGACGUAUUUGGUAUCUUAUCUUUGUAAUAUGUUAGCAACAUUGGUGGUAGUACCUGAUAGUCCCGAUCAAGGAGUGUUGUAUCUGGUACGUCUGUUACUUUCGGAGGUCACUAAAUUUUCCUUCGAUGAUCAAAGCUGUGGAAUGGUAACUGUGUAUUUGCAUGCUCUAGACAUGUUAUACGUACAAAGUUUGGAGGAAUUCCCUUAUCACAUUCCCGGUGUUGUUUCAAAUGAUGAACUUUAUGGCCAUGAUUACAAAUAUCUAACUGAAGUCAAUAAUAUAUGCGUUCAAAUCAUUGAUGAUAUCUUAGCAGAACUGAAAAUACUGGGUAGUAAGCGACAAUUUCGUACCCAGGCCACAGUGGCAAUGGAAUUAUUUUUACGUAUCGUCCGGUAUGCUAACCUUAGCUGUGAGAAAACUUUCCAUUUGGCUGUCAAUCUUUGGCUUCUGGCUGUAAAGGUGGAGUCGCAUAUCGAUCCUAAGUUAAUUACACGAACUUUGCAAAGUGUUGAAUACAUCUACGAACAAAUUAAGAACACAAAUACGCAAAAUUCACGGUCAUUAGCGCGAUUGUUGAACCGAAUUCGACCGAAAUAGUAUAAAAUUGUAUAUGUCUCCUCCACAGGAUAUGCAGGUGUAACUUUUAUAAUAAAUAUAUAUUUAUAAUUUAUACUAAAAAGCGAAUAUACAAUAUAUAUACGAGUAACUUGUCCUUCAACUUGCAUAACAAAUUAUUGAAUAUUCAACCCUGACAAAUUAAGCGGUGACAUUUGUGCAAUAUAAAAAAUACUUAUUCUUAUUAGUGCAUUAUAAGAAACAAAUAGAAAUACAUAAAGUAAACAUUUCACAUUUUUGUUGUAAAUGAACUGAAAAGCACAUACGAACUUACACUCUUUGUAUAACUUUCAGAUAAUUGCUUUAGAACUUCAGUUCGAAAAGCGUGUUUUUUAAGUUAAUUAAGAAGUGAAAUAUGAGCCAAAUGCAUACUUAUGAUUUCUGUGUCGAAAAAACGUUUUUAGUCUUCAACUUUCUAAAAAAUAUAUCACUUGCUUAUUUAAAACUUCUUUGAUGUUUUUAAGAUCGACCCCAAUAAUUGUAUACUGUCAUUUUUAUUGAUUUCAAUUGUUGUUUUACAUACAAAAUUCUAAAUUCAAAUGAUAAUAAUGUUAUACAUUUUCCUUCUGAGCCAUUCAAAGAAAAUGUGUAUAUGUAUGUAUAUCAGAAAUAAGCGACUAACUUCCUCGAAAUUCGGGUGAAACUAUAAUUUUACUUAAAAGUUAGUUAUGCUUAUUAUUUUGUUAUUGUUGGUCAACAAAGGUUCAUCUUAGGCUCACCAGUUUCACUUAUUGAUAUCCCGUCAGAACGAUUUUGAAUAAUGAAUGUAGUAAACCCUAAGUCAAACUACUAAAUCCAAAACUACGAGUUUUUGACAGCUAAUAUUUUUUGUUUAUACUGUUGAAACUUUCCUUCCAUCCUUUUUCACUAGUUUAGGCUGUAGACAAGAAUGAUGAAAGACUAGAUUACGGCAGUAUUAUAUUAUUCUUGGUCGUAGACUUGAAUGGUAAAUGGUUUAUUUUUGGAACUAAUUUUUAUGUUAUUUUUUCCAAUCCGGACUCAUGAUAAAUCAAAAGGAUAUAUGUAUGUAUUUUCUCUUUAGGUGCGCUAACAUACUAAACUUUUCAAAAAAAUACCUUUUUUCCAAAAAAAAUCGAAUUUUUCAACAAUUUUCGAAUUGUACAGUACCAAACGUAAAAAAUUUGUUUGACAGAAUGAAAAUACUCCGAUAACCAAACACCACCGAAAAUCCAAUGCAACUCAGUUUAUUUUAUUUACUCAGCAAACAAAAAAUUGUCAAUUGAAAACUUAAAUAUACCUACAUAUAACAAUGGUGUGUCAAUCUAUGUAUAUAAAAAUUAUGACAAAAAAUUGGACCAAUUAUACUCUCACAACAAAGUUGUUAAGAGUGUAUUACAGUUUUGUUCACAUAACGGUUGUUUAAUGGUUUAGGACUUAAAAGUAAAUUAGUUAGAUAUAAGGUUAUAUAUAUCAAAAUGAUCUAAGUUAAAAUCCGGAUGUCGGUCUGUGCGUCCGUCCAUCCGGCCGUGCAACGACGGAGUACAAAUUAAGAUAUUUUGACGAAACUUGGUACACAUGUUCCUUGGGACCGUGAAAGGCUUGCUAUUGAAAUGGGCGAAAUGGGUUCACAAACACGCCUUCUUCCCAUUACAUUACUAACCAAUGAAGAUACCAGAAUAAAACUUUACAGACAUACUUUAUUUGAGGUGUGGCACCACUUGUGCUAAAAAUGUAGACAUGGGACUAUAACUUUUCAAGACCCCAGAUAUCGAACAUGAAGAACUCAGUGCCGAUAAGUAAUUUUUCACCGAAAAUGUCGGUAAAUCUCUAAGGUAUUUUAAUUUCAUUCAAAGGGAACCUUUUUCUCCUAAUAGUGUCUCUGUACCAAAAAUGAUUAAAAUCCGAUCCUAACGGCCUCUAGCUCCCGUAUACAUACCUUAUAUUCGGAUUAUCAAACUUUAUGCCACACAUAUCGGUUAAUGUGUGAGACAUCUUAUAUAGUAGGUGUCGAAAAUUAGUGAAAUCGGUUCAGGAAUUACCUCAGCCCUUAUAUACUAUACAUAAUGAUUUUCGUUAUUCUAUUGGACUUUAUGCCGAAUAUAUUAUGGGUCCGAUUGUGUGUUAUCUUAAUAAAAUUACAUCUAUGAAUUGUGAGAGUAUAAAAUGUUCGCUUGCACCCGAACCUCUAGCCUUUCCUUACUUGUUUUCAGUUUAAUUCAUUAUUUUCAAAAAUUUCAGAUAUUCCGCUUACACAUGUACUUGGGUACAUAGCCACUUUACAUUAUUCGUAUUCGCAUUAAUAAACCAAAAUCCUGCAUUGAAUGUUCUUAUUAUGAAGCAUAUGUAAAUUAUUUGUUUUAAAUAUUAAGUGUGUUCAUUGUACUUGUUCAACCUGCGAAAUCUUCGAAAAACAAAUUUGAAAACUCUCGAAUAUAUUAUAAUUGUUAUGAAAUGUAAUUUCAAACAACACGCAUACAUAAACAAUUUUUGUACACAGAUGAAAUAACACACCUUAGGGCUCCCAAAUACUGUUAAGCAGUCGCCGAAUCAGGUGAUCACCAUUGAUAUAUUUCUGAAGACUACUUCAAAAAUGUUAGACGACACAUUUCCACUCUUAUUGUUGUAGUAGUCUAAUUUCUGAAUACCCAAAAAUCAAUAUAGAUCGUAAAAUAGAAAAAAUUUCCUUAUUAUUGAUCAUCUGAACAUCAAGAAUUACAGUAAUACAUCCCACAUUCUAUUACCUACAAUUCAAAAACGAUAAAAAUUAUAUAUAGCGAAAAUUUAGGCAUAUUAUAUUCUUUCGUUUAUUUAUGCGUUGUUUGCCAUUUCAAACUGUAUGUCAAAUAUUACUAAGAUAAGUUCUCAUCAAUUCUCCCAUCACUUCUGUUGACUGUAGUUCGCUCAUUUUUAUUUGAUUGAUACAAUUGUUUGUUUAUUACUAUUAUUUCUAUCCUCUUCUCUUUAUAUUUCAUUAAUGUAGAAUCCUUAAAAUAAACUCGUUUUUCUUCUAUUACAUGCUGAAUGUUGCGUGGGCAACGUUUAACUGUGUAAGUGCGAAUGUAUUGCCUGUUCUCUAAGUUAAAUGUUAUCAUAUCAUGCUCUAAAAUAAUUAGUGUUGAUUUUUAUUAUAUUUAUUAUUAUACUGAUGUAUUUAUCAUUACCGUUAUUAUUAAUAAUCAUUAUUUUGUUGUUUUAAUAAUAAUUCUGAUUUUAAUAAUUAUGUUUAAUGCAAAAAUUUUCACACAUUGAAUGGGAGCAGGGCAGGAGAAAUUUGUUUCGAGUUAUAUUUUAGUUUCAAGUGUUCUUCUGAAAAAGAUUUAUUAAUUGUUUUUAUGCAAUUGAGAUGUAUAUAAUGUAUAUCAUUGUUGCUGUUGCAGUGUAUUAUAAUGUUUCUCGUUUUAAUGUGUGUGUGGUUGUUGCUGCUGUAUUACAGUAGGAAAAGGUAUAUAGAGGGGGGAUUUUAUAAUUAAGUAAGGUGGGGUUACUUAAAUUACGACACAUCCUGAUCUUCAACAUCUUGAAUUUCCGGUUUUUGCUCGCCAUCACCUUAUAAGAAACAAUCAGUUAAUAUGUAUAUUUUUGAAUAAAUGAGUUAUAAAUGGAUUAAUUACCAUCAGCCUGCAUAUCAGACGUCCAUAAUGUAAGAUUAUCCCUCAGUAAUUGCAUGAUAAGUGUGGAAUCUUUGUAACUCUCUUCGCUUAAGGUAUCUAGCUCGGCAAUAGCAUCGUCGAAUGCUGCUUUCGCUAAUCUGCAAGCGCGAUCGGGCGAAUUAAGAAUUUCAUAGUAGAAUACC